UGGUCCCUAUUCGGGUCUUGCAAGUCUCCAGAAUUUCCACAUGCUGCAUAACCCUCCGGUAUUCCUUCCCCCGGCAGCUGCAGCCUUCCCUACUUCUGGGAAUCCUUCCCUGACCUUUCUCUGGAUGUCUGGCAAGGUGACCACUGGCAGCGACAUUGGGCAGGCCCGCCGGGCUGUGGAGCAGCUGCGGAUGGAGGCAGGCAUCGACCGCGUGAAGGUGUCCAAGGCAGCUGCUGACCUGUUGCAGUUCUGCAUGGAGCAGGCCAAGAGCGACCCCUUCCUCGUGGGUAUCCCGGCUGCCACCAACCCCUUCAAGGAGAAGAAGCCCUGCGCCAUCCUAUGACCCUGUAGCCCUGACCACCGGGGGCGGGGGCCACAAUAAACAUAAGAUGAAUGC